CACGUGUUUAGUUUAAUCACGCCAUUGCUCCCGGCUAUUUUCUCUUUAUAAACCCCCUUUAAUUCUCUCUUCUCCCCAUCCCUCCAUUUUUCUCAUUAACCCCAUUCUCCAAAGAGAAGAAGAGGCAAUGGCUUAUCAUUCACUCCCUUUCCUCCUCCUCUUCUCUCUCCUCACCCCUACCCUCAUCUUCUCCUCCCCAGUACAAGACCCAGAAUCAGUUGUACAAGAAGUACACAGGAGCGUCAAUGCCUCAAGGAGGAACUUGGGUUAUCUCUCUUGUGGUACCGGAAACCCCAUUGAUGACUGCUGGAGGUGCGACCCCAAUUGGGAGCAGAACCGUCAGAGGCUAGCCGACUGUGCAAUUGGGUUCGGCAAAAAUGCAGUUGGCGGAAGAGAUGGUAAAAUCUACGUGGUCACCGACUCCGGCGACGAUGAUGCGGUGAACCCAAAACCGGGGACUCUCCGGCACGCCGUCAUCCAAGAUGAGCCAUUGUGGAUCAUCUUUGCUCGUGACAUGGUGAUUAAAUUGAAGGAGGAGUUAAUUAUGAACUCAUUCAAGACCCUUGAUGGUAGAGGAGCAAGUGUUCAUAUUGCUGGUGGUCCAUGCAUUACUAUACAGUUUGUGACUAAUAUUAUAAUUCAUGGGUUGAACAUACAUGACUGUAAGCAGGGAGGGAAUGCUAUGGUGAGAAGCUCCCCACGGCACUAUGGGUGGAGGACUGUAUCUGACGGUGAUGGUGUGUCAAUUUUUGGUGGUAGCCACGUUUGGGUGGACCAUUGCUCAUUGUCUAACUGUAAUGAUGGACUGGUUGAUGCUAUUUAUGGGUCCACUGCUAUCACCAUAUCUAACAAUUACAUGACCCACCAUGAUAAGGUCAUGCUAUUGGGUCACAGUGAUUCAUACGCCAAAGACAAGGACAUGCAGAUCACAAUUGCCUUCAAUCACUUCGGUGAAGGGCUUGUUCAAAGAAUGCCAAGAUGCAGACAUGGGUACUUUCAUGUGGUAAACAAUGACUACACCCAUUGGGAAAUGUAUGCAAUAGGAGGGAGUGCUUCACCCACCAUUAAUAGCCAAGGCAACAGAUUUCUAGCACCCGACAGAAGAUUCAGCAAAGAGGUGACCAAGCAUGAAGAUGCACCAGAGAGUGAAUGGAGGAACUGGAAUUGGAGGUCAGAAGGAGACCUAAUGUUGAACGGUGCAUAUUUCACACCAUCAGGUGCUGGAGCCUCCUCGAGCUAUGCUAGGGCUUCAAGCUUGGGUGCAAAACCAUCUUCUCUGGUUAGUUCACUUACAGGGGCUGCGGGUGCACUGAACUGCAGAAAGGGCUCUCGUUGCUGAUUAUGAUCCCUUGAUGAUCUUGUUCAACUUUUUUAUUUUUGAAAAAGAAAAUUAUGGAGGAAAAGUAAGGCACAAGAAGUCUAGCUAGGUUCCACCGCUAGGGUUUACUUUUCUUGGCUUUUCCUUCCAUCCAAAUUUAUCCCUUUUACUUUUUUUUUUUUUCUCUUUUUUUUUGUUUACUAUUUUAUCCUGAUUACAACCUCGGCCUGUUACUCAGAGCCACUGGAAGUUCUGUUGGACUCUAUGGUUUUAGAGAAAGCAAGUGCAGAAGUGUUGAUAUAUAUACUUCAAUAUAUGUAUCUCUCUA